AUGCAGUUGCAAAAUAUAGUGGCUGCGGCUUCUAUUUUAUCGUAUCUAUAUACUGUGGAUGCUUGGUCUCCAACCGACAGCUAUGCUCCAGCUCAAGGUUCAUGUAAUGGUAAUACUAAUUUGGUUAGAGAAGCCAAUGGGCUUUCUACAGCCGAAACUGAAUGGCUGGCCAAGAGAGAAGCUAAUACUAAAGUCGCUUUGAAGAGUUUCCUAGAACGUGCAACUAAAGAUUUUUCUGAUAACUCAAUCGUUGACCAGAUUUUCAACUCCGCUACCCCAAGAGCAGGUUAUGCUUCCUGUGGUGGUGGUUACAGAGGUACCUUCAUUGAUGCAGGUAUCGCUGCAGCCAUGGACGAAAGAACAGUUGGUGCCAACGAACAUGGACUAGGUGGUUUACUGCAAGGUAUGAGUUAUAUGACUGGUCUAUCUGGUGGUACUAUGUUCACCUCAACUUUAUUAUUCAACAAUUGGACAUCAGUUCAAGAUAUUGUUGAUCAAAUGAAUGAUGGCGAUAAUUCGAUUUGGGAUAUCUCCGUUUCUCCACUGGCAUUAGCUACUUCCACAGAUACCACUACACAAAAAAUGCUUGGUAGCAUCUUGACAGCAAUUAAAGAGAAAUACGAUGCUGGGUUCGAUGUCACUUUAGCUGAUGUUUACGGGUUAUUCACAGGUUAUUAUUUAUACCCAUCCUUACCAGAUGGUGGUGCUACGUACUUAUGGUCAGAUGUACAAGAAAUGGAUACCUUUAAGAACGGUGAAAUGCCAAUGGUGAUUGAAUUAUCCAGUGCUGAAAAAACUGAUGAAACUGCUGUUUCUCUAGGGUCUACCGGUUUUGAAAUUACUCCGUUUGAAUUUGGUUCCUGGGAUCCAACCAUUAAUGCAUUUACUGACAUGAAAUAUUUAGGUACAGAUGUCUCUAAUGGUGUCCCAACCAAUGAAGAUGAAUGUGUUACAGGGUUUGACAACGCAAGUUUCUUAACUGGGGCUUCUUCUAAUAUUGUCAACUACAUUUAUUACCAAGGUAAUGCCAUGUACCGUUCCGCCGUGUCUACUUUAAAGAGCAAAUUCUUACCAAGUAACUCCACUGUAGAGCGUUUUGAUGUCAAUAUUAUUAGACCAAAUCCAUUCAAGGACACCGAAUACUUUGAUGGUUCCGAUAAGGAUUUGAUCGAUAUGGAUGGUCUAUACAUGGUUGAUGGUGGUUUUGGUGGUCAAAACAUUCCAUUCACCCCAUUAAUGAGAAAAGAGCGUAACUUAGAUGUUGUCUUUGCUUCAGACACAACCUACAAUACCGCUGAUGUUUGGCCAACUGGUUCAUCAUUAGUUAGCACCUAUACUCGUCAAUUUAUGGCCAUCGGUAAGACUGAUGCCUUCCCAUAUGUUCCAGAUACUGAAACAAUGGUUAACUUAGGUAUUAACAAAAAACCAACUUUCUUUGGAUGUGACUCCUCAAAUUUGACCGAUUUGGCUUACGUUCCACCUUUAGUCGUCUACUUACCAAACAGAGCUUACUCUUUUAAUUCAAACAUUACCACCUGGACUUUAACCUACACCAAAGAAGAACGUCUAGCUAUGAUUAAAAAUGGUUUUGAAAUUGCCACUAGAAACAACUUCACUGAUGAUCCAGAUUUCUUAGGUUGUGUUGGUUGUGCAGUUAUGAGACGUAAGCAAGAACAAUUAGGCCUAGAAUGGCCAAGUGAAUGUGAACAAUGUUUCCAAAGAUACUGUUGGAAUGGUACUAUUGCUCACUCAAGAAACACUUCCUCUGAUAGUACUCCAGACACUACCAAUGAUGUUCUACCAGAUUCUGUUGACGUUUCUUCCAUUGUAAUUAAUCAAUGUAGUGGCGAUGACUGUUACAGUACUAUCCAUACAGCUACCUCUACAACAGUUACCUGUCACGAAUGUGAAGAAAAUAAGACUGCUGAAUCUGCUUCCUACACUACCACUACUGUUGAAUGUGAAGAAUGUGAAGAAGGUCAUACACAAGCCACAACUACAGUUGAAUGUGAAGAGUGCGAAGAAGAAGCACAAAAUGGUAAUCACAAGUACACAACUGUCACAUCCCUAGCAACUACCACUGAAGUUUGUGAAGAAUGUGAAGAGGCCCAAGCUACUGCUAUGGCAAACAGUGGCUCUAAUGCUUCCAAUAAUGAUUCUAAUGGUUCCAACAAUGUUGUUAUAUCUUCAACUUCUAGCCCAACUAUACUACAAGUCACCACUGGUGUACCAACAUAUUCUGCCAUUAGUGUGGUAGUAAAUGAAAACAUUGGUAACUCAAUUGGGUUAAAGGGAUUGGCAACUAUUAUCACUCUAAUGGCCGCAAUGGUCGGCGUUUUCUAA